AUGAGCGGCUUCACAUUCGGCGGCGCUGCCAACAACAGCGGCGGCAGCAGCACUCCUCAGAAGUCGCUGUUUGGCGCUGCACCCUCCACUGGCAGCGCGACGCCAUCUCUCUUCGGCACCGCAAACAACACCUCGAGCACACCAGCUAGCAGCGGCGGCGGCGGCCUCUUUGGCGGUGGCGCAGCUAAUUCAGGCGGCUCAGGCGGUCUUUUCGGCGGCGCAUCCAAUACACCUGCAUCCAAGCCUGGUGGUGGUCUGUUUGGCGGAGGCUCAGCUACACCCGCCCCAUCCUCAACACCAGGUUUCGGCGGCGGUUUUGGUUUUGGACAGAAGAAGGAGGGAGAUGCGCCAAAACCAGCUGGUGGACUCUUCGGUGGAGCUUCAACUGGCGCCGCGCCAGCAUCUUCCGGCUCUCCAUUUGGUGGAUUCGGCGGAGCAGGUAGCUCGACACCAACAGCUACGCCAGCAGCAAACAAGACGUCUUUCCUCCCUUCCACCACUCCAGCCGGCGCACCUCCAGGUGGAAGUCUAUUCGGCCAGAACAACCAGUCUAGCGGAGGCACAUCCUCGCUGUUCGGCCAAAAGCCAGCAGCAACCUCUGCGUCCUCCACACCUGGUCUAUUCGGCGCUGCAUCUGGACAAUCUGCCGCAAAGCCUUCAGGCGGCUUCAGCCUAGGAGGAAACACAGGCGCCUCGGGCGAUGCGAACAAGCCCGCUGCACCUGCGUCUACUCCCUCGGGCGGCCUAUUCGGAGGUGGUCCGUCAGCGCCUGCUUCACAAGACGCGCAGGCUUCCAAACCCGCAGGUGGUCUCUUUGGUGGGUUGGGCAGCAGCACUCCCUCCUCGACACCCGCGAAGCCAUUGGGAGGAUUUAGCCUGGGCACAACAUCCGCUGCUCCAGCUUCUACGCAGCCCACUGCAACCUCGGGCCUCAGUCUCGGUGGAAACAACGCUGCGUCAUCUGGCUCUGCAGCACCGAGCCUAUUCUCGCCUGCGGGGGCUUCCACACCAGCAUCUACGGGCGGUGGCUUCAGCUUUCCCAAGCCUGCUGCUCCUGCCAGCACCGCUGCAACAACUGGAGCUACAACCACUGCAACAAGCGGUGCGCCUACGACAACCGCAUCGUCAAACGCAUCCUUGUUCCCCAGCCUUGGAAGUGGAUUGGGAGGCGGAAACACUACAUCCGCUGCUUCUGGAGCUGCUACCACCACCACAUCUGGAGCCACUCCCAGCUUGUUCAGCAAGCCUGCAGGAAGCGAAGCACCAGCAGCGUCGUCCAACACCACUUCACAGCCAACUCCAGCCCCUGGAGCGACAAGCGGAAACAAUGCAGGCCAAAGCGGACUUGCUGCAUCAACCGCCGGACCCGCACCAUCAGCGCAAUCACGACUGAAGAACAAGUCCAUGGACGAGAUCAUCACCCGCUGGGCCGCCGACCUAUCCAAGUACCAGAAGGAAUUCCAAUCGCAAGCCGAAACAGUCGCAUCAUGGGACAGGGCACUCGUCGAGAAUUCCGACAAAGUCCGCCAACUAUACUCCAAGACCUUCCAAGCCGAGCGUGACGCCGCCGAAGUCGAGAGGCAGCUAACGAUGAUGGAGGAGAACCAGCAAGAGCUCGACUCCUACCUCGACCGCUACGAAAAGGAGAUUGACAACCUCAUGAAGAUGCACGGUGUCAGCGGCAAGAACGAGACGCUUCGCGGCCCAGACCAAGAGCGCGAGAGGACCUACAAGCUCGCCGAAAAACUGCAAGACCGCCUCAACGAACUCAACAAAGACCUCACGGAAAUGAUUGAAGAGAUCAACAACACAUCGCAGACGCUCAGCAAGACCGGCAAGCCAGACGAUCCCCUCACGAAAGUCGUCCGCGUCCUCAACACACAGCUUGCUCAGCUUCAGCUUAUCGACUCGGGGGCCUCGCAGCUCCAGGAGAAGAUUAACAAGGCGCAGAGGGAGGGCCAGCGUGUUGGUGCUAAUGGCUGGAAUGGACUGGGCAGUGAUCCUUCGGCUGAUUUCAUGAAUAGUAUGCGUGGCGGGAGGGCGAGCCAAAGGUUCGGUGGUGUGUCAUAG